UCAGAAAGACUCCUGAUGGGUUUGGACUUUGGAAGAAGCGACUCUGACAAGUGUCCCCAAAAUUGCAUUGAAAAAAUAGUCUUUAGUUUGGAUGGGGGUUGGGGGGUUGGGGGCGUGUUCAGAUGGAGUUAUAAAAGAGUCCCAAUCCCUCCGCUCUGCCCUACACCCACCAGCUGCCCUGGUCAUCCUCUUCUUCAGCAGAACCUCCUCUGGUCUCCAGGUCCCCUCAUGAUGGCAGCUCUGUGGCUUCAGACAUUCUCCUUGCUGUUUCUGCUCAUCGUGUCGUGUCCGGGCUCCCAAGCCAUCGCCCCGCAGCACCUGUGUGGCUCUCACCUGGUGGAAGCUCUGUACCUGGUCUGUGGAGACAGAGGAUUCUUCUACACCCCCAAGAGAGACGUGGACCCUCUUCUCGGGCUCCUCUCCCCAAAGAUGGGGGGCGCCACAGGUACGGGGGCCGGGAAUGAAGUGGCUGAGUUCGCCUUCAAGGACCAGAUGGAAAUGUUGGUUAAACGAGGCAUCGUUGAGCAGUGCUGCCACAAGCCAUGCAACAUCUUUGACUUGGAGAACUACUGCAACUGAGCAGGAACCGGACUCUGCCCAAGAGCCGGCGACAUCCCAGAGCUGGACGACUGCGUUCAGAUGUUAAAAUAAAGUUUUGAGAACUGAAAUCUA